AACAUUUGAUCAUCUAGUUAAUUUGGUUGCAGUUUGUUGCCUAAUUAGUAAUUUCACAAAAGUAAUUUUCAAUAAUUUAAUAAUAAUCGUAAACUUAUUUCAUAAUACGUAUAGAAUUCAAUUUUAUAUUGUUUACUUUUAAAACUACCUAUCUACCUAUUCACUGCGUUUCGAACCGUACGAAAUCAAUGAAGAAUUAUCUAUAUGAAGUACUCUGAACACUGAAAAUCACAAAAUACAUUGGUAUUUUACUCAACACAGCAUUUAUUUUGAUGCCAAGUGUUUGCCUUUGUUUACGACCUGUGUGAAGGGCAUCUAGAGAUACAGCCGACCGCCGUCGCGAUGAACUCCAAACCCGAUGGACAGCAGUCCAAGUACCAGCUGUCAAAAGAAACGGCUGGACUCCGUUCAACGGAUUUAUUGCCUCAUAAUUUAUCCGGACAAGCACCAACCAGAGAGUUUUUGUUAAAAGUCGUUGAUAUCUUAGUAGAUUACAUCAAUGACGUUAAUAACAGAGAUGAAAAAGUAUUGCAUUUUAAGCACCCCGAGGAGAUGUUACGACUGCUGAAAUUGGAUAUUCCCGACGAAGGUGUGCCGUUGCAAAAUUUAAUCGACGAUUGUAGUCUAACACUCAAGCAUCAAGUAAAAACAGGACAUCCAAGAUUUUUCAACCAGCUCUCGUGUGGUCUGGACAUCGUGUCCAUGGCCGGCGAAUGGCUGACGGCAACAGCAAAUACGAACAUGUUCACGUACGAAAUAGCUCCUGUGUUUAUUCUCAUGGAAAACGUGGUGUUGACCAAGAUGAGGGAAAUCAUCGGGUGGAAGGGCGGUGACUCAAUUUUUGCUCCAGGUGGAUCGAUAUCGAAUAUGUACGCGUUUUUAGCAGCCCGGCACAAAAUGUUCCCGGGAUACAAGGAACAAGGACUUCACUCGAUCAAAGGACAACUGGUCAUGUACACGUCGAACCAAUCUCAUUAUUCGGUUAAAAGUUGUGCUUCAGUAUGUGGACUAGGAACUGACAACUGUGUCGAUGUACCAAGUGACGAAAGGGGCCGCAUGAUACCUUCUGAACUGGAGCGCCUCAUAUUGGAAAGAAAAUCCAAAGGCCACAUACCAUUUUUUGUCACUGCCACUGCUGGCACGACCGUUCUUGGGGCAUUUGAUCCAAUCAACGAAAUCGCAGACAUUUGCGAAAAAUAUAAGAUGUGGCUUCACAUCGAUGCUGCGUGGGGAGGAGGGCUGCUUCUAUCUCGAAAGUACCGACAUCCCCGUCUGGAUGGCAUUGAACGGGCUAACUCGGUGACUUGGAAUCCACACAAAUUGAUGGGCACCCUACUCCAGUGCUCCACAAUACAUUUCCGAGAGAAUGGACUGUUGAUCAGCUGCAACCAAAUGAGCGCGGAAUACUUGUUUAUGCAAGACAAACUAUACGACAUUCAAUACGAUACAGGUGACAAAGUUAUACAGUGUGGUCGUCACAACGAUGUGUUUAAACUUUGGCUGCAAUGGCGUGCUAAGGGUAAUGAAGGUUUCGAAAAACACAUGGAUCACUUGAUGGAACUCAGUGAAUACAUGGUGGAGAAAAUUAAGGCAUCGCCAGACAAAUAUUAUUUGAUCCUCGAGCCGGAAAUGGUGAACGUCAGCUUUUGGUACGUGCCGAAGCGCCUGCGGAACAUCCCACACUCGCCGAAACGUGCGGAAAGCCUUGGCCAGAUCACACCAGUUCUGAAGGGCAAAAUGAUGGAAGUCGGCACGUUGAUGGUCGGAUAUCAGCCACUGAACGAGUUACCGAACUUCUUCAGAAACAUCAUAUCCAGCGCCGCGGUUACCAAGGAGGACGUCGACUUUUUGCUGUCCGAACUCGACCGUCUGGGACAAGACCUCUAAGUCAUGAGAAUAUGAAAACUUUUAAUAAUGAAUUCCGCUAGUCUCUAUAUGUAUAGUUUUUAUUAUGUUAUGAUUUAGCAGACGAUAUAUCAGGAUCCCCGGUCAAUAUUCCCACCGUCAUUAAUAAUAGGUACCUAUUAUAGCGUGUGCUGCGUUUAUAUUAGAUAGGUAUAAAUGAUUUCGCAUAAUCAUUAGUAAGCGUUAUCCCCGAUUUUCCUUAAUUAUUAUUAUUGUUGUUGUUGUUGUUAUUGUUAUUGUAGUUGUAGUUGAUAAAAUAUAGUGAGCAUAUUAUUAUAUUGUAUUUAUUAUAAUUUGCUUCGAUCACAAGUCUACGCGUUAUAGGUACUAUAUAUAUUAUAAUAUUAUGUUUGCUUUUAAGUAUAUCGAUUUUUCGUCAGUCACAACUCGCGAGUAUUUAUUUUUUGAUUCUUCACAAUUGGUAUGACCCUGUCGUUUGUUUUAAUGGAAAUCCGCUGAUAGCAAUUUCCUAUAGCUCAUAUCGAUUUCCUCAAGUACGUGUAUUGUAACAACAGUAAUAAUAAUAAUAAUGCAACUUCUGAGAUUGGCCACUUCUGUUCCAAGAAUCACACGCAAGUCUAAUGUCAUUUUAAGUUUUAAAUAUAGAAUUUGAUGUUUAGUUGUAUAAUAUUGUUUGAAUACGUCUAACCAACGACCCGUUAAAACCAUAGGAUUGGCUGUCUGUUUAAAUGUGUCUAGAGUUUUACUUUUAUAGUUUCAUCCCACAACAAAUGAGUACCUACCUACCUUCUGAUAAUUGCUCUAUCACAAUACACUUUUUCUAUCGCAUGAUGGCAAUAAUAAAUAAUAUAAUGUACCAAUCCGUCACGGCUUGGUACACUAAAGUUAAUCACGUAAGACGUGAACAAUAUUCGAAACGAAAAAUCGUUUAUCGUUAGAGUACCUAAUAUAUUGGUAUAUUGUUGAUUACGGUUUAGGUAACCAUUUGAACACGAUUUUUCGGUUCGGGUGCGUUUGCGUCUUCAAAUCAGGUUUACAUUAUUUUGCAUGCUUUUAAAAUCACCAUAGUGAAGAAAAUCUACAAACGUUUUCCCGAUUUCAAAACGUUUUUACGGUUUUCAACACUCACUUAUCUAUAUAGGUAAACCGUUGUUUUUCUGCACCGUUUUAUUCGCACAUUUGCACAAAAGUUUUCUAUUCGCACCGUUGCACUUCAAAAAUAUUAUGCACUUAUAUCUGUUCUCACUUUCUAUACUUCUAUAAGCACGUAUUGUAAUAUGUAUAAUAUUAUAAUAAUAACAUAAUCAUGGACGUCUUCAGAUGGUAGAGACUUAACAUUAUACGCUUAAUAUUUGAUUUGUUACUGAUUUACUAUGACUAUUAAAAGCACGAAAAGUGUUAAAACCAGCUGAUGCAAAAAUGUUCUUAUUUUAACAUUUUUUGUCCCUAUAUCAUUUUCUUAAUGUUUAAAAAAACCUGGACGUCCUUGAGUAUAUUUUAUUAUUAUAAUAUUCGAUUCAAAUAUAUUUUGAUUAUUUUGAACUUUUUACUCAAUAUUAUAAUUUACAAUAUAUUACACUAAUGGCACUGUAGUUACUUCAAAUGCACCUUACACGUUUCGCACAUAAUAAUUAUUGCACAUUUUUGUAUAUUGAUUGAUAUUAUAUUUAAGAUAAUAUUCAAUACUGUGAUAUUUAUUACUAUUAGUCACUCACUUACGAGUGUGAUUAGUAUUUUAUAAGAUAUCGCAAUAUUGUUAGUCACUUUAUUAAUAUUUUAGAAAAUGUUUUCUUUAUAACUAUACCUACAUAAUAUUAUUAUUGCCAUUACACGAUCAGUCUAAAUGUCUUUACAGUGAACACCUUCCAACACGCCUCCAUUAAUCAUCAUAAUAUAUUACAAUAUCUAUUGUUUAUCAAUCUCGUAAAACUUUCUCUUUUAUUGGUGCACCCUCUCGCUGAACCCUAUUCUAAUUUGACGCCCCUGAGUGAACCAUACGCGUUUUCCAAGUCAUUCAUCAAAUCUUAAGUACUAUCUAUAGGCUCUCUCUCAAUUUUUCCCCUAUACAUAUACUCCACACUGGGUACAUGAUAUAAUAUUAUUUUAUGUUCAAGGUACCUAACACCCACAUUUUUUUUGUCACUAAUUGGUCGUCAGUUAGGUUUGUGUGGUUUUAAGUAUAGCUUAAGAUUUCUAAAAAGAAAUCUAUCCUAUUGGCCACUGUAUUUCUUAGGUCCACAUCUUAUCUCGCGGGUCAUAUUAUUAUAGUUAGGUAACAGUUUAAUGUAAUAACGUACCUUGCACAAUAUAGACUAUUAGACUUGCCCUGUCAAAACUAAAAUGGGGAGACUAUAAUAUAUCACUUUCGGGCUCAAAAUUAGUUCACUUAAACAUUAGAAUUACACUUAGGUACACUAUUUCAUUUUUAAUCGAUUCCACCGAUUGUCCAGUGUGUUUUUAUUUUCCCCAAAUAUUAUUAUAUAUUUCAGUUUUUAUGAAAUUAUUUAUAUGUAUUAUACUUAUAAUUAUAGUCGUCAUAUUAUUACGUUUUAACCAAUUUUAUUGUGUGAGAUGCCGCCGCCACACAUCGAUUACAUAUAUUAUAUUAUUACCCACGUUGUGUUUUAUUCAUAUUUAAAGUAUAUUAUUCGGAAGUAUAAAUUAUAUAGUAGCCAGUAGGUAUAUCUAGUAAAAAAAAAAGGAAAAAGUGUAUAAAGGCGAUUUUUGUUUCUCGGGGGCCGUGAAAUAAAUAAAUCAUAGAUAAAUACUGCAAUAAUAAUAUUAUACCGUGAUCGUAAUCGAUCGCACAAUAAUAACACUAUGAUCCGCCUGAUUGGUUUUUAUAGAAAUAUUAACAUUACAUUAUAAUAUUAUUAUAUUAUUCAACUUCCUUCUGAACCGCCAGUCAAUUUAAACGGUGAAUGGACUUAAACAUUCGUUUGUUUACUAAUUAUUUUACCAGAGUGAUUAUAUUAAUAUUUAUAUGACAUUUUAACUGAUAUUAUAAUUAUAAUGAAUAGUAAAAUAUACAAUAAUAUUCUGUAUUAUUUAAAUAUAAAAAUUAUUGCGACGACAUUAUACUCUUUCCUUGUGCCUCGUGUUCAUGACGAUACAAUAACAUUAUUCACUGCAAUAUUAUUUUUUAUUGUUAUAAUAAUACCAAUAUAAAACAUACUGAUAAGUCAACUAACUAGUAAAUAUAUGUCAUAAAUUCGCGUAGCAUAACCAAACAUUUUUGAUAAACACUACUUACUUACUAGAUGUUAUAUACACUAUUUUAUUUUCGUUUUAUAGUCGUUAUUAUAAUAUUAUUAAAUAAAUAUAAUAUAUAAACAUAUAAAAUAA